AUGCUUUCCGUUUCAAGCGUUGUUGCUUGCCUAAUGGUCGCCUCGAUUGCGGUUCAAGCCACUCCUCAAACCAGCUCAGCAACAUCGGCGGCUCUCAACAAAACUGCCACCGCCCCUCAGACUUCUGCUAUGCCCACAAAGAACAUGGUCAUGAAGCCCAGCUCGACGGCUAACGAGAGCCUGACUCUGGACGCACUCACCUCCGCGGGCACUUCUUCCUCUACUACUACCAGCGAAGCCCACACCCCAGCUGUCGAUCUGUUAGCACCCUCGGCGACAACCGCUGAGCUCGACAGUCCCACAACUACCACCAGCGCUCCCUUGGCCGGCAAAAAUGUGAAGACUACUGCGAAAAACACAACGAACCCUACCGAGAAGAAAUCUUCUCAAUCUUCCCCAGCUCCGAUCUCGCAAGGAACCUUCGAAUAUAUGACCGCGUUCCUCUCAGUCGGUCUAUUGACGCUUGUGGUCUGA